CCCUCCCCUCCUCUCGCUCUCGCUUGCGGCCGCGCGCGCGGGCCCCCGGUGGUGCGAGCAGUCGUCGUCGUCGUCGUCAUCGUCUUCGUCCGGGGCCAGGUGGUCGGGGGGCGAGGCGAUGGCGUACAGGGCGGAGGACGACUACGACUACCUGUUCAAGGUGGUGCUCAUCGGCGACUCCGGGGUCGGCAAAUCCAACCUCCUCUCCCGCUUCACCCGCAACGAGUUCAGCCUCGAGUCCAAGUCCACCAUCGGCGUCGAGUUCGCCACCAGGAGCAUCCGCGUCGACGACAAGGUCGUCAAGGCCCAGAUCUGGGACACCGCCGGCCAGGAGAGGUAUCGGGCGAUUACAAGUGCAUACUAUCGAGGGGCAGUUGGCGCACUUGUCGUGUACGACGUGACACGCCAUGUCACCUUUGAGAAUGUAGAGAGGUGGUUGAAGGAGCUCCGGGAUCACACAGAUGCAAACAUCGUCAUCAUGCUUGUUGGCAACAAGGCUGAUCUGCGUCACCUUAGGGCCGUAUCGGUUGAGGACGCCAAGGGCUUCGCCGAGAGGGAAAGCACCUUCUUCAUGGAAACGUCCGCGUUGGAGUCCAUGAAUGUAGAAAGUGCCUUCACUGAGGUGCUAACUCAGAUCUAUCGCGUGGUCAGCAAGAAGGCCCUCGACAUCGGCGAUGACCCUGCUGCUCCACCAAGAGGACAGACCAUCAAUGUUGGUGGCAAAGAUGAUGUUUCUGCUGUGAAAAAGUCUGGAUGCUGUUCAUCCUAAAUCCAUUAUGUCCAUGAGAAGGAACCAUAUGCUCACCUGAUUAUAUCAUGAGUAAUUAAAAGGAUAACUUUCUUUUGCUGCCUAACCUGGUUGCCUGUGAGAUUUUAGUGUUACAUCAAGAAGGUUGGGGCUGUUAAACCCAGGUUGGGAAAAAGCUAACUUUGAAGUGUCAGUGGUUUUAUGGUUUGCAUUUGUGGUUUCUUCAUUGGUGUACUAUUGUUCCAUGUAAAUUGACAGGAUUUGAGAUCCUCCCCACCUUUCACUGCAUAACAUAUCCCAGUAAAAUGUUGUUGUAAUUGGAUAUCAGACUGUAGCUGAUUGGCAGCAAGAGUUCUAAUUAGAAGGGCUAUUAUAUUCUGUAACUCCUACUCACAAAUGUACAAAAGUUUGCAUCCUUGAACUUCUUACCAGCCUGUAUAUUACGGUACUGAAAGAUUGUUUAAGAUAAUUUCUUCUAUUUCA